AUGAACGCAGUCUUCCUUCGCAACAGCUAUCCACCGUCUUCCUUCGCAAAGGGUCCUCGUCUGGUGGAAAAAAGUAAACCCCGUCUGUCCAGAUCCCUCAAAGCCGUCUGCCGUUGCAACUCCGAGAGGGGCGACGAUACACUCUCAUCAUCCUUCCAACAACACAUGGUGAAGGUCGCAUCUAUCCAGCCCAUGUCGCAUGUCAACAAUCGACUGCGGCGCCUCCCGCCUCGCGCUGCUCAUCACCUCGAUUUGCAAACAUUGCCCUUUCAGAAUUGCUUCCAUACAAAGAGGGCAAUCGGCCUCAAGGCAAUUGGUGCGUUCCAGUCGCUGCCACGUCGGGUCUUCAUCUGGUGGCCAGGGGCGAUCGAGGGAGUAGCGAUAAUGACAACUGACGGGCCUAGUCCUGCACGUAGUUGUCGAUCCAAGCCUAAGAGGACGCCAGUGCUUCCCGUAAAGACAAGAAAGGGUCCUUCUUGCAUCUUCCGCCAGUCGAUAUCGAUGACGCGAGCGGCCGAAAUCUUAUCCGUGUAUAUCCUCAUCGUCAUUCGCAUGGCGGCCUUUGACGAAUAUCGGAACUCAUUUCUCGAGUUAUGGUUCAUCUUGCCAUCGUCUGCAAUCUUCUGUGGCCAUCGUAUCCGGGAUUGUCUGGUUUCAUCCCCCGCAUGGACUUAUGAAUGGAAAUUCGAGAGGGCCCUCCAGGUCCAGAGCACCGUGCUCGUCAUGGCAUCUGAUGAAUCGGUAACAGAAGGCAGAGUGACCGAACUGGAUCCAACCGAAUCGAGGAGAACCGUCAUCCUCAGUGAUGAGUCCCUACUUGAUCCUCCCGUUGGCCGCAAUCGCUGGUAA